AUGAAGACGAAGGUGGACUCCAGACGCCACCUCGAGUCGUCUGCCUCGUACACGAACGCGGUGCUGCCGUCGAACUCCACCUACUUUCAAUUCGACGGGACGAAUUCGGACCUCGCGAGGCAGUUGUACCUGCGCGCGAAAGCUGGCGACUCUGCAAAGCCCUUCACGAACUUCCAAGUGCCCGACAAGAUCCAACAACGGCUCAACGACCUCAACAUUGGCUGGGACGGUCUGUCGGGCAACGCUCAGCUUGCGCUGCUGUGGGAUACGGGAUUUGGCAUCACACUGGACAGCAAACCGGUGCAGAUGUGGACGCUAGGAGGCCACUCCAUGGCGGACCUUGCCAUUCCGUUGGUGCAGUUUCAAGACGUUGGGUGUACCGAGAUGAACUGCACGCAGCCAGACAACACCACAAGCUACAGCAACCUGUACUGCAACGGCGAGCAAAUGCUCAACGCCGCGCGAUGCGUCAUGGACGACUUCACAGAUCCCGUGGGAAUCCACGGCGCUAUGUGGAUCACCGGCGGAAACCCAAAGUCGAUCCCGGUUCCGCGGGUCAGGAAGCACGAGUGGGAAGAGGACUCGACCAAGAUCCCGUACACUGUACUCGCUGUUCACACGGUGGACAAGAAUGACGAGCCAGCGUACGGCGUGUGUCCAAGUAAAGACGAAAAUGACGGGUACGGAUCGCUCGUGUUGUCCUGCUAUUCGUCCUUGAAGGUGUCGGAUGACGUGCGUAGUGCCAUGGAGGAAGUACAGGGCACUCCGUGGGUGUCUCGAUGGCUCGUGGAGGACUAUUCAGGCGCAUCAACAUCAUCAACCGACAGCAAAAACGGGUUCAACAUGCUGUUCCUCGUGCCCAUCGUUGCCGGUACGGUGAUCGUCGUUGGCCUCGUCGGCCUCGUCGUAUUCAUCAGGCAUCGGCGAAGUAAAAAUGCUUCGAACAACUCUCCGAACGAAAACCUUGGCUCCCCCAACAGCUUGUACCACGGCAACAAUAUGGACACCCCUGCAGACUACAACAACGCCCGUGGACGCCCCACGAACGAGACUAUUCAAAACACAGAUACGUCUUCAAGUGCCAACACGUGGAACGGACUAAGGCGCACGUCUACUUUGGGCGAGAAUCUGAGCUCCGAGUCGAACGGCACGCUCAAAACGCUUUUGGGCAGCGAGUAUUUAGUAGGGAAGCGCAUUCCCUACGAGGCCAUCCGCUUCGAGCGAGCGCUCUCGAAGGGAGCCUAUGGAGAGGUGUGGGUCGGCGAACUCCAAGGUCAACAGGUCGCGAUCAAGCGCCUAUUUCAGAGCAAAAAGAAUCGAGCGGAAGAUGUGGAGGAGUUUGCGAAAGAAAUCGAGCUAAGCGCCAGCUUGGUGCACCCAAACAUCGUCGCUUUCGUGGGUGUAGCGUGGAACAGCCUGAACAACUUGGUGAUGGUGCUCGAGUUCUUCCCCUUGGGAGAUCUCCAGGGAUAUCUGGCCAAGAACGCUGACUUGCUCACGUGGGCCAAGGACAAGAUUGACGUGGCGAUUGGGGUCGGUCGUGCACUGGCGUAUCUCCACGCCCGCGAGCCGCCUCUGAUCCACCGGGACCUCAAAUCAAAGAACAUUUUGCUGACACGGAAGCUCGAGCCCAAACUCAUCGACUUUGGCGUGAGUCGCGGGCGAGAAGAGUACUCCAUGACGGCCGGUGUCGGCACCCCGUACUGGACGGCCCCCGAAAUCCUGGAGGGAAGGCGAUAUACCGAGCAGGCAGACAUCUACUCGUUUGGGGUGGUGCUCUCGGAGCUCGAUACCUGCAAGCUUCCGUACCACGACGCGUUGACUCAGGACGGACAGAAACCCAAGCCGUUCCAGAUCUUGGCGGACGUGAUGGCGGGCACGCUGCGUCCGAGCUUUUCGGAGAGCUGCCCGCGACGAAUUCGUCGCAUUGGUGUCGCGUGCUGCCAACAAGACCCAGCAAGACGCCCCACUGCUGCUCAAGUAGUCGUGAUGCUGGAAGGGGGAGAUUGA